AUGUCAUACUCUACCAGUCCACAAGCAAGUGCUGGAGCUCGGCCCAGCUGGCAAGAUCAGCUCCAGGGAGGUCGUACUGCCUGGUCCAGCACCGUUACCGUCCAAGGCCAGAAUAUCGCUGCUCGUUACUGGUAUGAUGGUCAGUACAUCAACAAUGCCAAAGAAGACGCUGCCGAGGUCGCUUUGAAAACUUUGAAUCAGCAACCUCGGACUUCCACCGUCUUUCCGGGCCAAUUGUAUACCCAGCAACAACAGACGACCGGCUAUGGUCGCGGAGCUGGCGGGUUCUGA